UGACUGCGACUAAGCCAUGGGAAUAUGGUUGAACCAAUCCUCUAUAGAUGGGUUCAUCCUCCUGGGCAUCUUCUCCCAUAGCCAGACUGAUCUCAUCCUCUUCUCUGCAGUGAUGUGGGUCUUCACAGUGGCUCUCUGUGGGAAUGUUCUCCUCAUCCUCCUCAUCUACAUAGAUCCUCGACUUCAUACACCCAUGUACUUCUUCCUCAGUCAACUCUCCUUCAUGGAUCUUAUGUUGGUCUGUAACAUUGUGCCAAAGAUGGCAGUCAACUUCCUGUCUGGCAGUAAGUCCAUCUCUUUCGUGGGUUGUGGCACACAAAUUGGAUUUUUUGUCUCUCUUGUGGGAUCUGAGGGGCUCUUGCUGGGACUCAUGGCUUAUGACCGCUAUGUGGCCAUUAGCCACCCACUUCAUUAUCCCAUCCUCAUGAAUCAGAAGGUCUGUCUUCAGAUUGCUGGGAGCUCCUGGGCUUUUGGGAUUCUAGAUGGAGUAAUUCAGAUGGUGGCAGCCAUGAGCUUUCCCUACUGUGGCUCAAGAAAUGUGGAUCACUUUUUCUGUGAGGUGCCAGCUUUACUGAAACUGGCCUGUGCAGAUACAUCUCUUUUUGAUACACUGCUCUUUGCUUGCUGUGUCUUUAUGCUGCUCCUUCCCUUCUCCAUCAUUGUGGCCUCCUAUGCUCGCAUCCUGGGGGCUGUGCUCCAUAUGCACUCUGCUCAGUCACGAAAAAAGGCUCUGGCCACCUGCUCCUCCCACCUGACAGCUGUUUCUUUCUUCUAUGGGGCAGCCAUGUUCAUCUACCUGAGACCGAGGCGACACCGGACUCCUACUCAUGACAAGGUGGUCUCUAUCUUCUACACAGUCCUUACUCCUAUGCUCAACCCCCUCAUUUAUAGCUUGAGGAACCGGGAGGUGAUGGGGGCAUUGAGGAAGGGGUUGGACCGUUGUAGGAUUGGCAAUCAGCCUUGAAGUGCCUGGGUCUUAUGCCUGGCUGUGCUGCCUGCUGGUUGUAUAACAGAGGUAAGUCACUCACCCUUUGUGAAUGUCUGUUUCCUUGUCAAUAAAUGAAAAUCAUAACACCAGUCCUACCUCACAGAAAUUAUUGAGGGAUCACUACAGGUGAAUCUAAAG